CCCGAGGGCCCGCCCGCCUGCCGCAGCCCGCAGCCUGCCGCCAGGUUGUACCUCAGACUGUCAGAUAAAGCGGCGGGCCGGGCCGGCGGGGCGGUGAGCACGGCCCGGGCCGGACAUGGCGGCGCUCUACGCCUGCACCAAGUGCCACCAGCGCUUCCCCUUCGAGGCGCUGUCUCAGGGGCAGCAGCUGUGCAAGGAAUGUCGGAUUGCACACCCUGUUGUGAAGUGCACCUACUGUAGGACUGAGUACCAGCAGGAGAGUAAAACCAAUACUAUAUGCAAGAAAUGUGCUCAGAAUGUGCAGUUGUAUGGAACGCCCAAACCUUGUCAGUAUUGCAACAUAAUUGCAGCAUUUAUUGGCAACAAAUGCCAGCGUUGCACAAAUUCAGAGAAGAAGUAUGGACCACCAUAUUCUUGUGAACAGUGCAAACAGCAGUGUGCAUUUGACAGGAAAGAUGAUAGAAAGAAGGUAGAUGGGAAAUUGCUGUGCUGGCUGUGUACACUUUCAUAUAAACGGGUCCUUCAGAAGACCAAAGAGCAGAGGAAGCACCUGAGCAGCUCUUCCCGUACAAGCCACCAGGAGAAGGAGCAGUACAGUCGACUGAGUGGUGGCCAUUAUAACAGUCAGAAAACACUUUCUACGUCUUCAAUUCAAAAUGAAAUCCCAAAGAAAAAAUCCAAGUUUGAGUCAAUAACAACCAAUGGAGACAGCUUUUCCCCAGACCUGGCCCUGGACUCACCAGGUACUGACCACUUUGUCAUCAUUGCCCAACUGAAAGAAGAAGUAGCCACUCUGAAGAAGAUGCUGCAUCAAAAGGAUCAAAUGAUUUUAGAGAAAGAGAAGAAGAUCACAGAGUUGAAGGCUGAUUUUCAAUACCAAGAAUCUCAGAUGAGAGCAAAAAUGAACCAGAUGGAGAAAACCCACAAAGAAGUCACAGAACAAUUGCAGGCCAAAAACCGAGAGCUCCUGAAGCAGGCAGCUGCCUUGUCGAAGAGCAAGAAGUCAGAGAAGUCAGGAGCUAUAACCUCUCCAUGAGAGACCACAAGGAGGCUCCCGGCAGCAGCACGUGGAUUCCUGGGUUAGGGUGGCAAUCUGGCUAUUCUUUGGGAAUUGCAAGCUUUCUUAAGAAAUCUCUGUUUUAUUACAGUUAUCCUCCUUUGUGCGAUUGCAGUGGGCUGAAUGGAAACACCUGGUUUGUGCUGUGUUAGGACUGCAUGCUUGAAUGUUUGGGGUUUCAAGCUCUCUCUCUCUUACUCUCUCACACUCUCACUCCCUUUCCUCUCUCUGAACCCUUCUCUUAGUACUACUGUCUCUCUGUCUGUCUGUCUCUCUCUUUUGGUACUUUUUUUUUUUUUUUUUUUUUUUUUUUGUGGUGGUCACUGCUCAGUGUUAUGUGCAGAAUAAUUUUUUUGUGUGUCCAUCAUUGCAUCCUGCCAUACCUAUGAGCAAAUAGUUUGGCAUUAGUUAUGUAUCACUGCCACCCUCUGAACUUCAAAAACUGCCACCUUAAGACUGGGUACAAUGGAAGAGACUUUCUCUCUCCAAUAAACCUUUUGCUUCAGGGUAUACUCUUGGGUUUUUUUCCAGGUAUAUUAUGUAUGAACUUUGUACUAUGUAUAGCCAGAGUUUUAUUUAUUUUUUAAAAAAGGAAACCUUUUCUUGAUAAAGGAAUAAUGGUAGCCUAGCUUGUUCUUCUUGUAAAAGUGACGCCUCUUAAAAAAGAGUCCUACUCUCUAGCUUUUAGUGAAAGAACCAGAUCUUUUCUUUCUUGUUACCUUGGAGUCUUAAAAACUGAUUGCUAAGGUAAAACAAUUAGAUAUGUAAGUGUGGAGUUAAGUGCCUUUUAGAGGAUUUUUUUGGAAGAGCAUGUAAGAAGAUACUUAAGGGAGGUAGCAAGGAUUUGGACAACCUGCCUUCCUAAGUAAGGGCAGAAAGAUUGUCCAGGUUGUACUGGACACUUCCCUCCCCAACCCUUUCCUGAUUGUUGUAUGUGACUGAUUUUAAAUUCUCACACUGCCACCUCUUUUUUAAAAAAAUACCCCUUUCUUAUAUCAGCCGUCAUACUGGGCCAUUGUCAGAAAACUUUUUUUUUUUUUUUUACAUGAUUCAAAAUGAGAUAAUUGAACUGCAGAGCACUUGGAGGCGUUGGUCUGAGUGGCUCAAGUAUGGACUGUGAGUCUGGGAGAAAACCUCCCCACUCCUCUUCAUUCACUCCAGCCUGUACACUUCCUGCUUUUAAUGGAAAUGUGUUGAAAACAGGUGCUUCUCAAAAGCAGCUUGGCCCCAGCCAGAAUUGUGUCCUUUUUUCCCUUCUUGACCCAAUAGGCAUGCGGAUUUACUUUUCCAGGAGAGAGGAUAGAUUUGUAUUUCUAGCCAUACUCUCAGGUCCUCUGUAUGAUGUUUGUGAAAGAAAUUAGAGCUGUGUAGUGUGCCAUGAAACAGUAAAACCACCUACCUUGGAACUGUUAAUGUGGGGGGAGUGGGUAUAGAGUUAGAGGUAAUCAUAAGGGCCGGUGACAUUUGUACCUCAGUCUACCAAAAGUGUAGCAGUAAGUUUAGCUUGCUAAGCAUUUCCUAGAAGCAAGUGCUUCUAAUUUUUGAGCAUUCUCACAAGUGGAGCCAUGCACAUAAUUGGACAGAGAUGUGAAAAUGGGUGGCUUCCUUCUGGUAAGAGGAGCAAUGGACCAUGUUGCUUAUAUAUCACUCUAGUAGGGGAUGUCAUUUUCCCUUCCAAGCAAGGGAAAUAGCAGUGCUAAAUAGUUUUGUAAUUUUUUGAAUGAGAAACUUUUAGGUAAAGAUAAACUGUCAGAUAAUAUUUUUCAGAUGCAUUUACAUUGACUCUGGGGAAAAGAUUGUGAAAAAAGUUGCAGUCAUGGUUUUCUUUUGUUUUGCUUUUAAUUUUAAAGACUUGAGAAAUUCUGUUACAUGAGGUGACAAUAUAAAAACAUAUUUAGUUUUAUACUAAGUCUUUUUUUAAGGUCUUGGCAUUUAAUAUAAAAGCAAAUCCACACAUUUUCUAACUUUCCACAAGUUCCAAAAAGGGAAGGAAAUUUUGGUUUUUAAAAAUCAUGACACUGUUUUACCAUGAAAUUGAGUAGCUAACUUUUGGUAACACCUUUUGUUUAUUUGUAUGUUUGUAAUAAUGGACAUUUUAAAACACAGGAAUGUUUUGGUUUGUACAGACUUUGACAAUUGUGUGUUAAUAAAAAUUGAUAUUGACUCAAA